AACAGCAGGGCAGAGCGAUAUUGGAGUUGAAACCAAAACUAUUUGAUUCUCAGCUAUUGGGAAGAGAAGUGCAACUUGUUUUACUUAGAAAGUUGAUGGAGGAAUUUGAAAAGCAGUUCAUCAGAUUCAGAAAGUAGGUUCAAGAUCAGAUUAAGCAUUUGGAUUCACUCUCCCAUGCACUCCAUAUAAGUGAGAGGCAAGUUGAGGGCAAAGAGAUUGAUCAUUUGCAGUUAAAACAUUUUAAUUCUGAAGUGAAUACUGAGUGCUCGGAACUUACCCCUACCUCUGACAAUAUGAUUAUUCCUCAAUCUAAUCUUAUUGAAAGCAAGCAGCUGAUCAAGGCUGUUACAUUUAUCUUCAACUUCAACCAGACUGACAAAUUUCCCCUGAUACCACUCUUGAAAGAAUAUGUGGAGGAUGCAAAGAAAAGUUGCACUGAAAUUUUCAUUAAAGACAUAUCACAUGAUGAAAAGGGAAAGGUUGUAGAUGACCAAAUAGCUGAUCUAAGAGCUCUGAUUCAGUGCAUUGAAGAUCACGGCCUUGAGUCGCAGUACCCACCAAUUGAUAUUAUGAUGGAAAUUGAAUGGCUUGGGAAGUUAAAGGAGAAUCCAUACCUGGUGCUAUCUCUACCGUCCAUUGUUGAAAAACAUGAGCAGAAAAAAGGAAGGAAGCGAAGUUCCAGAAUUGCUACACCAACAUCUCACACAUAUAAGCUGCGUAAAAGAGCAUAAUUGCUAAGUUUAUUGCCACAGAGAAUGUUUGAAUAGUGAAACACCUAUCUUGUUUCAAAGUCUUUCCUAUAGUCCCUCGUAUGACAGUGUCUUCAAAACUUGCAAGAUUUGCUAAUCGAUCACCAAGUAACAUACAGUUGUUGAGAGGGUGACAGAGAGGGAGAGGAGAGGUAAAGAAGAAGACCUCAUUUGUUUGGGAAAACAUUUGCUAUGCAGGCAAGAUCAUGUAUUUUAGUUUAAAGGAUAUUAUUACCGAAGUCAAAGAAAACCGUGACUGCAAGUCUGCAACCUUGAAGCCCAAUGAAGACAAGGGAAAAGUGACCAACCAGAUGGUAAAAUCUUGCAGUCGUCAAUCGAUGAGAGGUUAAACAAGGUUGAAUCGGAGGGUGGCGAAUUGUCAGCUCUUUUAGAUGCAGAUGAGAUUUUAAAGCUUCUUGGAAUGAUUUCACAGCAUAAGCAGACUUUGAAUUUAUGUUAGACACUUGGUUUUGAAGAUAAAAUUCCUGGUAAGUGUAUUAAAAAUGAGCCUUCCUUGAGUGUUGUUUCUGUUCCACUUUGACAACUGUACAGUAUCUUAAUAUUAAACGAGAUUGAGGAGUUUGAGAAGGAGGUUGAAUUGAAAAGGGGGGAGAUUGGGUUGGUUGAGAUGGUGAGGGAGAUGGAAUUGAGGGCGAAAAAGUUUCGGGUUGUUGAGAAGGUGAUGAAGGAGUGGUGUUGUAGGCUGGAAUUGAAAGAGAGGGAGAUUGAGGGGCUGUGUGAGAAGUUUGAAUUGAGGAGGCAAGAAUUUGAGCUGAGAGUUGAGGAGAAGGUGGAGGAGUGCCUUAACGAGGUUGUGAUCAAAGAGGGGCAACUUGAAGAGCUAGCCAAAGAGUUUGAGUUGUUUGCUUCUCGAGUGAAGGCUGAGCAUUUGGAAAAAGAAAAGCAUUUUGUGUCACUUGAAGAAUCGAUGGAACAAAAAAGGAAAGACCUUGGCUGCACUUGACAAGUCGUUACAAGAUCGUCAAAAGUCUUUGGAUUCAGUCUCAUAUGAACUGAAGUUAAAAGAGGGACAGCUUGAAGAGCAAGCCAGAUUGUUUGAACAGGAGCAGAUGCAAUAUGCUUCUCAAACGACGACUGAGAUGUUAGAAAGAGUAAAGCAUUUUGCUUCACUUGAAGUCCUUAAAAGAGAGAAAAGAGCAUUUGGUGAGACAACUUGAAGAGAAGGCCCGAGAGCUUGAAUC